AUGGGGCCGGAAGUGGCUCGCGGGCCGCGACUUUAAUCCAACUGUAUUCGACGCUGACGUUAUUUGAAGUCCUUCAAGCGGUUGAAGCAGCAUAUUUUAAUAGUUUUCAUGUUUUUCUUCGUCGUCAGUUCAGACCAGGCGUUAUAAGUGACAAUAAUAACCAUUUAUUUCUGGUACAGAAAUCUCUGUAUUUACAUUUUAGUCAAUAAAGUUUGUUCAAAGAAACACUGUGACGUCAAAAGACACAAUGGCAGCCAGUGGUUCAGCCGUGACGGUCCUAACUCCAAAUGGAAGACGACAGACCGUUAAAGUGUCCCCAAACACAACGUUAUUACAGGUGCUUGAGGAGGUCUGCAAGAAGCACGGAUUCAACCCCGACAAUCACGGUUUGAAGUUUCAGAGGACUGUUCUUGACCUGACGCUGCAGUGGAGAUUUGCCAACCUGCCCAACAACGCUAAGCUAGAAGUGGUGCCUAGUACAAGGACACAGACCACAUCUGAUUGUCAGGUGCGGAUUGCGCUGCAGAUGGAGGACGGCUCUCGUCUUCAGGGUUCCUUUUCUUGUGGGCAGAGUCUUUGGGAACUGCUGACACAUUUUCCGCAGAUCAGCUUGUCAGAGCUGUCUGAGUCUGGGUCCACUCCUGUGUGUGUUUACAUGAGAGAUGAGGUGUGUGGCGAAGAGGCCCUCAAAAAGGCCACUCUGAAGUCUUUAGGCCUCACUGGUGGAAGUGCAAUUGUUAGGUUUUUGCUGAAAAGGGAAAAAGCACCAGGAGAAGAUUGUAUGGACACAACUGAAGUCACUCUUGUGCCAGUUCCCCCUGCUGUCAAUGAAUACCCCAAAAGCUCAGCUUCUCAGCUUGAUCCUAUUUCUUCACGUUCUGAAAUCUCAGUCUCACACGAGACUGCUAAAAACUCUAACCCUGCUCAGUUAAGAGAAACUGUACCCGUUCUCACUCCUGUUUCUUCCACUAGUACACCUCCUGUUCAACAGGAAGGUGUUCAAAAAAUCCAGGAUACAGUUCUAUCCAAGGCUCUUCCUGUAGUAAGAGAAAUGCCAGAAACUUGUGGUGAGGAAGCAGGGCCAUCAGGGCUGAACUCCCAAUCAUCAUCAUCAUCAUCAUCAUCAUCUUCUGAUCCUGUGGUGCCAUUCAUUCCUUUUUCUGGAGGGGGACAGCGCCUCGGCGGUCCUGGAGAAAGUGCAGUUGGACGCACACUCUCCUCAUCUUUAUCGUCUUCAUCACUGUCGAUGUCUGCCAUAGAAUCCCCCAAAGCCAAGAAAGCCAAGCCUUCCCACAGUUCUGCCACCAAGCAUCAACCCACUGCCAAAAAGUCAGAUGAGAUUAUGGAUGGAGCUGUAAAAUUCUUGGAGCCAGUGGAAAGAGAGCCUCUUAUCUACCACCUGGAGCGCAUGUCACAUGGCUCUAAAGAUGACGUGGAGCUGCCAGAUGAGUUCUUUGAAGUGACCAUGGAUGAUGUACGCAAGCGUUUUGCCCAGUUAAAGAGUGAGAGGAAAUUGUUGGAGGAGACACCACUGAUGACUAAAACUCUACGAGAAACACAGAUUAAGGAGAAGAUGGACAGAUACCCCAAAGUUGUGCUGAGGAUUCAGUUUCCAGAUCGACACGUUCUACAGGGUUUCUUCAGGCCCCUCGAGACAGUUGGGGCUUUAACAAAUUUUGUAAGGAGCCACUUGGAGGAUCCAAACCUCAGUUUCUACCUCUUUUUCACUCCCCCGAAAAAAAUUCUGGAUGAUCCUGCUGUCACACUUUUCCAGGGCAGGGGUGAAGGUAUCACAAUACACUGUUCGAAGAAGACUUCGAGAGAAGAAAUAUGGAGCCCAUACCACAAGAUGCAAAAAGAAUCCCAAGCCCAGAUUGGAUUUUGCAAAGAAGCCACAGAAGUUUAGGAACAAAGUUUUAUGGACUGAUGAGACCAAGAUUAACUUCUACCAAAGUGAUGGAUCUCAAUCAAUCUCAUCUGUGAAGUGUGGUGGAGGUAAUGUCAUGGCUUGGGCUUGCAUGGCUGCUUCUGGAAUGGCUGCUUCUGGAAUGGGCUCACUAGUCUUUACUGAUAAUGGAACUCAUGAUGGUAGCAGCAGAAAGAAUUCUGUAGUCUACAAACUCAUUUUGUCUGGCAAUUUAUAGAAAAAUGCAUCCAAACUAAUCGAGAGAAGCUUCAUCAUGCAACAAGACAAUGACCCAAAGCACACUGCCAACACAACAAAGGACUUCAUCAAGGGGAAAAAGUGGAUGGUCUGGCCAAGUCAAUCACUGCACCUUAACCCAUUAGACCAUUCAUUUUGCUUCUUGAAGAGGAGACUGAAGGGAGAAACAAACAAGAACUGAAAAAGCCUCCAGUAAAGUCCUGGAAAAGCAUUUCAAAUGAAUAAUGCAACAGUCUAGUGAAGUCAAUUGGUUGCAGGCUUAUUGCCAGUAAGGGUUAUGUCACCAAAUAUUAAAUGUUAUUCACUUUAAGUUAAUUUAAUAAUGUCUGUCCCAGUACUUCAAACAAAAGGUGCUCUGUACUGCGUUGUUCAACACAUCUAGAUGUUAAUACUAUGAAAUAAAAGCUGGAAUUCUGAACUUUUUCUUAUAUUCAUCUUUUGAUCUGAAACCCAAAUGUCUUCAGUGUACAACAAAAACAAAGGAAUUGACCUUGCCGUUCCAAUACUUUAGGAGGCGACUGUAAAUUUAGCAGGUAGUUGUUUUAUUGUACGUGUUUGAGAUUACUGUCUGAAAAAAGGUACAGUAACCUCUGGAACAGGGGUUAUUCACUUGUGUCAAAUGUGACGUGUGCCUGUUUCUACUGUUUAGUUGUAUGGUGGAUAAUACCAGCCUGUCUCUGGACCAUUAUAACAAUUACAACCAUAAAGCAUCACGAGACACGUGUCGUGCCGACCAAUAUGACUGAGGCUCAUUUUGUGGUCUGCUUCAAAGCACAACACUUAAAAGUGUGAGAUUCCCAAGAAAAUAAACAAUCGAGUACAUUUUUGUGUGCAUUUUUUUGCUAUAAUUAACCCACGUGCCAACCAUUCUGUAAUGU